AUCGUUAUUGGACUUAAAGCCCGAUAACCUUCCUACUAACUAUCAUGAAACUCGCAGUCACUGGCUGUACGGGCAGUGUGGGCAAACGAAUUGUGCUCGCAGCUUUGAAAGCAGGGCAUGUCUUAAUUGGUGUUGACCAUCGAAAGGGUGACCUUGACCUUGCUGCAAACAACCCAAACUUCACCUUUCUUGAAGUCGACUUACGCUCCUAUGACGAUGCGUUGAAUGCCCUGCGAGGUGCUGAAGCUCUCAUUCAACUCGCCGCCAUUCCAACUCCAGAGGACUACGUCGCGAUCACUCAUAAUACCAAUGUGGUGAUAUCCUGGAAUGUUCUGAGAGCUACUGCUGAGCUCGGAAUCAAGCGAGUAGCACAAGCCUCUACCGUGAAUGUUGUUACAUUAGUAUGGAGUCAAGGUCCGAUGUUGGACUACCUUCCUCUUGAUGAGGAUCAUCCCUGCAGACCAGACGAACCGUACGGUCUUACCAAAUUAAUUGCAGAAUUACAGGCCGACACAAUUGUCCGCCGCUAUCCUUUAAUGCGCAUUGCCAGUCUACGGCUAAGCUGGUCUUUGCCGAAUAAGAAGCUAGCCAACCUAAGCCAGGAUCCAGAGAGACGAAAGAACGAUCUCUGGGGAUAUGUUCAUGAGGAUUCCGGAGCGGAAGCUUUCUUGUUAGCCGUGACGCAGGAUGACCUUCCAUGGUCGGGUCAUGAGGCUUUCCUCAUCACGGCACCUGACACAUCUGUCGAUGAAGAUUCUAGAGUCCUGAAAGACAAAUAUUGGCCGAGCGUGCCAAUCAAGAGUGGAAAGAAGAUUGAGAAGCGGCAAGGCUUCUUCGACUGCUCAAAAGCGGCACGGCUACUAGGCUGGUUGCACCGAAACCCAGACGAAGAAGGUCUAUAGGAAAUAGCGAUCUAGGCGGGAUGUAGGAAGGUUUGCAGCUAUGAUAAAGUACGAAUUGCGGAUUAGCAGUCAUGGACGGACGAUGGGUCUGGGCAGGGACUUACAUAUUCUUCGUAUUCAUGAAGAACUUCUCGCAAUUGUUUCCGAGUUAUAUCAGCACGAUAGAGAAUUUCGUCUUCGGA